AAGCAGGGGCUUCAGAGAGCCAGUGGCUCUCCCGAGUGUCCCUUCAGGUGCCCGGAGAGAUUGGCUCUUCCGCAGAAUCUGGGAAGAGAGGCGAACAGAUGAGCCAACUGCCUGGCAGCGGGAGGAAGACGCACGCAGCCAGGCGCGAACGCCCGACCCGGCGGAGAUGAUGGAAAGGAUCAGAAAGGAGAUGAUCCUGAUGGAGCGGGGGCUGCACAGCCCCACGGCGGGCAAGCGGCUGGCCAACCUGUCCGACUCGGCCGGCAGCGCGGUGCUGGAGGCCCUGGAGAACUCCCCCCACGGCGGGCGCCUCAGCCCCCGGCUGGCCUCGGCCUCGCUGCACGGCGCCCUCCCGGGCAAAGGCAAGUUCGAGAUCGACGCCCUCUUCAGCCUGCAGCACCCGAGCGGCGAGGGGGGCCCCGCGGACGCCGAGCUGCCCCCCGCCGACAACAGGAGGAAGAUCGGCCAUUACUCCGAAGUGGCUCCGGAGGCCGACAUGAACAGCGACGUGGAAGUGGGCUGCUCCGCGCUGCGCUCCCCCGGCGGCCUGGCUUCCUCCCAGUUGAAGGAAAACAACAACAAAGGCUAUUCGGAAAACAGCUCCACGCCCAGCACCACCAGCUCGUCCACGGGUUCGAGUCUCGGCGGCCUGCACGGCGGAAGCGCUUUGGGAAGCUCGGGCUCCGCAGCGGAUCAAGUCAGGAGGUACCGCACUGCCUUCACCCGGGAGCAGAUAGCCAGGCUGGAGAAGGAAUUCUACCGGGAGAAUUAUGUCUCUCGGCCCAGGCGGUGCGAGCUGGCCGCGGCGCUCAACCUGCCCGAGACCACCAUUAAGGUGUGGUUCCAAAACCGGCGCAUGAAGGACAAGCGGCAGAGGCUGGCCAUGUCGUGGCCCCACCCGGCGGACCCCAGCUUCUACACCUACAUGAUGACCCACGCGGCGGCCACGGGCAGCCUGCCCUACCCCUUCCACUCCCACGUGCCGCUGCACUACUACCCGCACGUCGGAGUGACCGCGGCGGCGGCGGCGGCGGCGGCAGCCACCGGGGCGGCCGCCUCGCCCUUCGCCACCUCCAUCCGCCCUCUGGACACCUUCCGCGCCCUCUCGCACCCCUACUCCCGCCCGGAGCUCCUCUGCAGCUUCCGCCACCCGGGCCUCUACCAGUCGCCCGCCGCCGGGCUCAACAGCAGCGCCGCAGCCUCGGCGGCAGCCGCCGCUGCUGCCGCCGCCGCUGCCGCCGCCUCCUCCUCGGCCCCGCCCACCGGCCCCGCCCCCUGCUCCUGCCUCAGCUGCCACAGCAGCCAGUCGGCGGCGGCGGCGGCAGCGGCGGCGGCGGCCCUGGGCUCGCGCGCCUCCGGCUCGGACUUCCCCUGCGCGGCCGCGGGAGCAGCCGCCGCCGCGCAGCGCUCCGAGAGCGGCUUCCUGCCUUACUCGGCCGCCGUGCUCAGCAAGACCGCGGUGGCCUCCCCGGACCAGCGGGAGGAGGCGCCCCUGACCAGAUAG